AUGGCCGCAAGAUCCCCAUUUCUCCCUCGCCUGUCACUCCCCCGUGGCGACGCGCCCCUGCUGCCCUUGUACAACACGACAAACCCUUCUAUUCGCAAAAAGCCCAGCGAGUACGAUCUAACCGAGCUCUCGCCGCGCUUUGAUGACGGCCACACAGCUCCCGAACCCAUGAACAGCCUUAAACCUGCCCGCUUUGGCCGUCGAAGCCCCUCCCCGCCCGCCAGAUUCAGCGACGAAGCGAGUAAUGCCGGCUCGGCCUCCAAGUCCAGGCCGAACACGCGAGUCCUCUUCGCCGGGCCUCCCCCUCCGAUCGCGACCUCCCGGCUCCUCUACCGUGACGAAGAGGACAGGGACCUACCGACCGUCUCACGCGGCAUUGAUACCUCUUCCUUCGCGCGCAACAUCAGCAGCGUGCUGUUCGAACGCGGUCCGCCACCCUCCCAUUCCCGAGACCGCGACUACGACAUCCCCAGCCAGCCCGAUGCCGUCUGGCUCGACCUCCAACGCCGCGAACGCGCCCUGCAACAGGACCUGCAGCGCCUUCUCGAUGCACAAUCCCUAGGCCUCGCCGCUCACCUCGACGGCGGCGAGGCACCAUCCACCUCCACAGCAACCAGCAGCGGCGACGCUCGCUCCGAGACGAGCGACGCCCCGCCGGCGGGGAGAAGCAGCUCCACACCUACAAGCACCUCCACACCCGAACUGGUGAUACCGGUGCGGCAGCCGCGGCCGCCCAAGCCGCUUGGGCUGCGGGCGGCGCGAGCGGGGCUUGCGCGGACGAUCUCACUGCUCGCGGACCUCAAGGCCGAGGAGGACGCGGCGCUUGAGUCGGCGCUCGCGGCCCGCCGGCAGGCGCUGGACCGGCUGCGCGGGCUGACGGCGCGGCGGGAGGGAAUCGCCGCGCGGCUUUGCGCGCUCGAGGCCGAUGAUGGUGAUGAGCCCCUCGCGCGGGAGCUCCGCGAGUUGGUGAGCGAGCGGGACGCCGUCAGCGGGGACAUUGCCGAGCUCGAAGGGCGCUUGGCGGAAUUGAGGAAUAAGCGGCGCGUGCUGGAUGAGCGGGUUGAAGAGGUUAGGAAUGCUAGGGAGGCUGGGUUGAGUGGAUACCGUGGGGCGAUGAAAGAGGUGGAAGGGAGGAUUGGAGGGUUAUUGAGAAGGCCUGGGGUCAGGCCUUUAGAUGGCGACUUGUUUGGAAUUGGAGGAGGAGGCGGGGAAGGGGAGGAAGGGCAGUCACCUGCACCUGGGGGAGUGGAGUUUCUUCGGCUGAGGCCUGAAAGGAGGACGGCCGAGAUGGCCAGGGAGUGGUGGGAGGCGGAAGUGGACAUACUGCAAAGGAGGAAAGGGGAGGUUGAUCGGGAGAGGGCCGCGCUCGAGGAGGGGGUGGAGGUCUGGAAGGAAGCGGUCAAGUUCGUGUCAGAGUUUGAGGCGGGCUUGAGGAGGGAGUUGAGUGGCUCAUCAGAGGCUAAUUCAUCGCCGAAGCUGAAAAACGACAAGGGCAAGGGCAAGGCGGGGGAUUCGACAUCCCCGUCGCCGUCAAUCUCUCCCGAACAGGUCAUGCGCACGCAACUGGAUAAGAUGGCUGCGGUCAUCGCCAGUUUGGAGGAGCGGCUACGCCUGGCUGAGGAGAAAGGAUGGAACCUGCUGAUCUGCGCUAUUGGCGCCGAGCUCGAAGCGUUUCGGCAGGCAGAGGGUAUGUUACGGGAUGCCUUGCGAGCGACGGGGUUUGACGCGGCCGACGACGUGGACAGCGAAGAUGACAGAGGAGACUCUACCCCCCAUCUCGGCAGGUCGGCGAGUAUGAGGGACUCGGGACCAUUGCUCAACGGUUCUGCCGCCGGCGUCAGUACUGGUACCAUGUCAGGGGAAAGCGGUAGGGGCAAUUUAGUGGAUCUCGGCGGGGAGAAGGAGGACAAGGCGGCGGAGAGCGAUAAUGAGGUGCCGGCUGACUUGCUCAUGGCUGCUGCCGAGGAGCAUGGGCUAGCAAGUCCUGCGCUGAGCAGGGACGACAGCGAGAAUGAAGUGCCCAUCGAGUUCUUGACGGAGCAUCGUCCGGAUGAGGGCUAUCCUGAUACAGGAUUUGGAUAG